GGGCCAAAUGGCAGGCCGACUGCAGGAGGGGAGGCGCCUCCACAGGGAGAUGCAAACUGGCAGCCAGAGGGAAAGGCGAGAAGACCGUCAGCGGAGUCCUAGAGAUGACUGCAAAGAACCAGGCUCUCCCUGACGUGCUGAGAAUACCACGGCCUGUCCAGGACCCCAUCUCAGUCCUGCAGUCCCCUGCCCAGCCCUUACGACCAGCCCAAGGCCAGCUCCUGAUGAGUGACAGCAGUCUCCGCUCGUUCGAGGACCAAGUCCUCUGCCCCAUUUGCCUGGAGGUGUUCUGCAACCCGGUCACUACAGCCUGUGGCCACAACUUCUGCAUGACCUGCCUCCAGAGUUUCUGGGACCACCAGGCUGCCGUGGGGGAGACACUGUAUUGCCCCCAGUGCCGGGAGAGCUUCCCCUCCAGGCCCCGCCUCUGCAAGAAUGUAAUCCUGGGGGAGAUGGUGGCCUGCUUCACCCAAGCCAAGGGCCAGGCCUCCCGGCCCCUGUGGAACCUGGCCGGGCCCAGGGACGUGCCCUGCGACUUCUGCUCCCCCCAGAAGCUCAAGUCUGUCAAGUCGUGCCUGCAGUGCGCGGCCUCCCUGUGUGAGAAGCACCUGCGCAGCCACUUCGAGGACCCGGUGUUCCUGAACCACCAGCUGCUGGAGCCCGUGUGGCGGCGGCUGUACUGCCGCACCGAGGGCAGCUGCGUGUGCGGGACCUGCCUCCUGGAGGAGCACAAGAACCACGACACCACCCCGCUGGAGGAGGAGCGCGCGCGCAAGGGGGUUGAGGUUCGGAAGGUCCAGGCCGAUGUGGAGAACCAGAUGUUGAUCAUUGCCUCUGACAGCCAGAAGCACCGGGGGCAGGUGGCCUUUCUCUCGAAACUGAUCCAGACGAUGCGAGACGAGGUGAACACCUGCUUCUCGGAGAUCACCCGGGAGCUGAAGCAGCUGCAGGGCAAGGUCUUGGACUUUGUGGACAAAGAAGAGGCGGUCGCCCUGGGAAAGCUGGGCAGCUCCAUCCAGCAGGGCCACAACCGGCUCCUGAAGCUGGAGGAGGACAACUCCUGGCUCCACACCCUGCUCGCCAGCCGCAGCGACCAGCAAUUUCUGCAGGAGUUCCCCAGGCUGCAGCACUUCUCAGCCUGCACAGAAGCCCUGAUGGGCACCAGCUGUGAAGAGACGCAGAGCUUCCUCCAACUGCCAGAGACCCUCGCUGAGCUCCGGGUGCAACUGGUAGAUUUGGGCCUCAGCUUUGUCAACCAGCUCCUCCUGAAGGGCAUCAAGAUGAGUUCCUAUGAGGUGCUGCCCCCCCCUGUGGACAGAAACGCACUCCUCAAGUGCUACUGCAACCUGAACUUUGACCCGGCCACUGCCAGCGAGGAGCUGUUCCUGUUCAAGGAGACGCACUCGGUGCUGAACCUGGGCAUCCUCCUGGAGCCCCUGACCACGGGCGGUCCCUUCCCGGGCUUCAAGCAGUGGCCGCAGGUGCUGUGCUCGCCCCCCCCCCGCCACUACUGGGAGGCAGAGGUGUCCAACUCGUGGGUGUGCCUGGGCGUCACCUACCGCCGCAGCCCCCCGCCCAGCGCCCACCCGCGCCGCAACAUCGUCUACCUGCUGGGCCGCAACCCCUACUCGUGGUGCCUGGAGUGGGACUCGCUGCAGUUCUCCGUGUGGCACAACAACACGCAGACCGUGCUGCGCGGCGCCUACCACCGCACGCUGGGCGUGGCGCUCGACUGCGGCGCCGGCUGCCUCUCCUUGCGGGAGGGCGGCGUCAGCCUGCUCUACCGCUUCCUGGUCACCUUCCUAGAGCCGCUCUACCCCGCCGUCAUGGUCAGCAGCGGCGCCUCGGUCACGCUCAAGCGGCACCCCGAGGCCUAGGUGCGCCGCCGGCUCAGGGCGGUGCCAAUAAAGCUGGUCUCCGAGCGCUGGCUGGACAGGGGCGCGCCGGAGGGUCCCGGCCCUGCGUGGCCCCCUGCUCCAGGGUUGGGUGGGUGGCCAGCCCGCCUCCCCUCUGCUGCCUGGACUCAACCAAGGUGCCUGCGAACUGGAACUCCAACCCCCUCACCCGCAAGAGCCACAGCCGGGCUCUGGGGAGGCCGGAGUUCCCCGACCGCUGUGCUGCGGCCUGGGAAGGGGAUUCCUGACUGGAGGACACCGCCCACCCGCAUCCCCCAGACGUCGGCAAAGGUCCCCGCCUUGGUUUUCCAGGCUGGUCUCGGCGAUUCAGCACUAGGGGCCCCAGGAGCUGUUUCACUUGUGAGUGGGCAAGACGUG